CCUGCCAUUUCAUUACCCUUCCAACUUAUCCUCUCACACAGAGACACUUGUACUUUUUCAGUUUCACACACCAACAAUCAACAAGCACUUGAAUGAAUCAUGACUCGCUCCUCCAGAUUCCUAUCCACCCUAGUAAACUCCUCCUCCACCGUUUCGGCGGUGGCGGAACCGCCGGAGGCAGUCUCUGUGGAGUCCGAUUUCGUAGUCAUACUCGCCGCUCUCCUCUGCGCUCUUAUUUGUGUUGUAGGCCUUAUUAUGGUAGCUCGAUGCGCAUGGCUUCGUCGCAGAUCUGCAGCCAACGGCAGUCGGAUUUCCGGUCAGCCAUCGGCAAAUAAAGGAAUCAAGAGGAAAUUCAUUGAAGCUCUCCCUAAGUUCACAUAUGAUUCGGCUAAGGAAAACUCCCGUUGCUGUGAAAAAGGAGGAAAGCUAUCGGACGUUGACUGUGCGAUCUGCCUGGCCGAGUACGCAGACGGAGAUGAGAUCCGUGUUUUGCCGCAGUGUGGACACAGAUUUCACGUCGGAUGUAUUGAUAUGUGGCUCGGUUCUCACUCUUCGUGUCCGUCGUGUAGAGAGAUAUUGGUGAUCACAAGAUGCCGGAAGUGCGGCGAGUUUCCGACAAUUUCCGCCGGAGAAUUUCCAGCGGCAGCAGAACUUAAAGGUAGACAAACUGUUGCUAGUUCUAGUUCCAAUGAAUUUUUACCGUGAAUUAUACAUAGAAAAAAAUAAUCAGAUAUUUGGUUGGGUUAGAGAUCGAGGAACAUAGUCCGUAAUACGGAAAAGCAAACUAUAUGACGCUGGAUGAAUCUGUGAGGGUGUUGGCCCUGAAAAACCUCUUCCAUCAGAAUUGGGAAAUAUCCAUGUGUUUCAACAUUUCUUCAACGAAUAUUA